AUGUCGGAUCUUUCAAAACCCAUUAAGACUGUAAAGAACCCAUUUUUCUUUAAUAAUCCAUCAAUGGUAUCAGAAGAUGGAUAUACAGCUACUGUCAAGUGCGCUAAUAGCUCCAAAGAAUGCAAGAUCCAAAUAAAAACAGAGGCUAUGCCUUCAUAUGCAAUAGAAGAUGAAGAUGAGAAAAUUGACCAAAGACUUUAUCUUACUUCCUUAAAGAGUGGUAAGUUUGAAGUUGAUUUGAAACGUGGAAUCAUUAUUUAUCCAGGAUUUCUAACAAAGAAUACCAUCAAAGUUGUUGGUGAACCAAAAGAUAAAGUACAAAUUCAUGAUGUAGCUGAUAAACCCGAAGAUGAAAAUAAAGCUCCUAAUGAAGUCACAAUUACAGGUCCAGGUACAGCAUAUGGAGGCCUACAUGAAAAUGCAGGCGAAAACGCCGAAGUUAAAGCUACAAUCACAUAUGAAAGUACAACAGAAGGCGACAAAUUAUGGUUCCCUGAUUUUGCUGGCUGGAUCCCUCAAAAAGCCGACCUUUUCGCACUUGGUGAUCUCAAAAACGAAGCUUCUUCUUCAAAGGAAGGAGAUUCUUCCGAUGGUAAACUUGGAGGUGGCGCAAUAGCCGGAAUUGUGAUUGGCGUUAUUGUUGUCGUUGGAAUUAUCGUUGGCGUUCUUGUUUGGCUCUUUGUUUUUAAGGCCAAGAAAGGAAAUGAUGCAGAAGCCCCUUAA